UUCUGUCCAGUAAAUUCUUUAGCUGAAGGAAUCAACAUCAGCAGUGUUAGAGACUGAGAUCUGUAUCACACACACAGUAGAAACCAGAAGGACCAAGCACAACGUACAGCUCAGGCUAUCUUGAGAAUAAGAAAAAUGUCUAUGAGUGAUAUCUUUUUCCCUGGAAAUCCUGAAAGAAGGGAGAAGGUUAUCCGCAAAAGUCAAGAGCUUCUAGAACUGAUGCAAGACAACUUCGAUGCAACCAACGAACUCAUUGACAUUCUUAGUAAGCACUUACAAUUGUCUUUCAGAAAAAUCAGUCUGAAAAAGAGUGCUACCAUUAAAGUUAACUGUGAUGUAUUGAUUGAACGCAUACAUGAGAUCCAGGCUGCGGUGGAGAAGAUCAACAAGAAGCUGAAGGAGGAGCUGGAACCUGCCUUGUAUGAAGAGCUGAGGAACAUGAAUCUGUCUGUCUGUGUAAACAAGUAUAGAACAAUUUCAGCAGUUCUUCGUGGAGUUUGUAGUCUUGCAGCGAUUGGAUCCAUUGCUGUAGUUGGUUGGCUAAUUUACAACGGAACCAUUCUGACAAGCAUACAAAUGGUAUGUGGAGUUAUUGGAACGCAGUUAUUAGCCGGGUUUGUAAUUGGGCUAGCAUUCAUUGGGAUCGAUGCGAUUUUUUCAUACUUCAUAGGGAGUGCUGAGCGUGAUCGGCUUGAGAAAGCCAUUGAAGAGUAUGACAGGGCUCUGAAAGAUUUCAGGCCGGCAUCUAAAAUUUAUCAGCGUAGCAUAACCCGUGUGAUAAUACGCAUUGAAGACAUUGAACGACAAUAACUUCUGCAUUCUAAUCUAAGUCAUCUUUAAUUUUAGCAAGCCAUUGUUGGCUCUUGUUGUUCAAAUGCUGAGUUUUAGUGAUUAGUUUCAAUGUUUUGCAAAUACAUACUUUUUCUGUAGGAAAUGUUUGCUUGAAUUGAAAGUCACAUGUAACAUAAUACAUAAAUGUAUAUUGAGUGAAUAAAGACAUGAUAAAUAAUCAAUAAAGAAUUGAUUAUUGUUUUAACUAAAUGUCCAUUAUACUGCAUCAUGUAUCUUUUAGUUAACAUUAAUAGAAUGUUACUGUACACUGUUCUUCUUUUUUAAAAGUCUUUUUAAAAGGUUCCUGUGCAGAGCUGUAAAAGAAUGAUGUGCAUUAAAGUGAUAGUU